AUGUAUUGGGCUUUCGGGACGAGAGUGACUGAUGUAGCAGGGAAAAUGUCAAGGAAACGGUUUUUUGCAAUCAGAAGUGCACUGAAACUAGUUACAGACAAUGAUGUGUCUAGUGAUGUGAGAGCAAAAGAUAAAUAUUGGAAAAUUCGUCCUUUGCUAAACACCGUCAGAGCAGGCUGUUUACAAAAUCCUAGGACACAGAAGGUGUCCAUUGAUGAGCAGAUGAUUCCUUUCUGGGGCAAGACAACGAUGCGGCAAUACAUUCGUGGAAAGCCUAAUCCGUUUGGCCUCAAGAAUUUCGUUUCCACAUCUCCAGAUGGAUUACCACUUGACUUUUUCAUGUAUGAAGGGAAAGGUGACAGUAUACUGGAAGGCUAUGAUUACUUGAACAUUGGCGGAAAGGUAGUAAUGAGACUGGCAACUACGCUACCUGAAGGGUCUAUAAUUUAUAUGGACCGAUACUUUACGUCGGUUGAGCUCCUAGACUGUCCACACUCAGACAGAGGCUGUCAGGCUACAGGGACAAUACAGUCUUGUAAAGUUCCAAGUCUGAGCGAUCUUCAGACGGAUACAGAAAUGAAAAAGGCAGGUCGGGGUGCAGCUGAUCAGUCUGUUCGUGGUGAUGGACAAAUUGCCGUUAUUAAAUGGUAUGACAACAAAUCUGUAAUUGUUGCCUCAUCCGCAGAAGGAAAAUUGCCUCUGGGACGGUGCAGGCGUUGGUCAAAGCAAGACAAACAAUACGUAAAUAUCAGCAGGCCUCUUGCUAUCGAAAAAUAUAAUGAAAAUAUGGGUGGGGUCGACAUGCUGGAUCGUAUCAUUGCUGUUUACAGACAAAGUGCAAGAUCAAGAAAGUGGACAGUGCGAAUGAUCCUGCAUCUCUUUGAUUUUGCUUGUGCUGCAGCUUGGAUAGAGUACAGGAGAGACUGUAAUGCACUGAAGAAAAGAAGGAAGAAUACGAUGGACUACCUACAAUUUAAAAUUGACGUAUCAGAGUGGCUUAUCCAUUCAGGAAAUGAUAUAUCUGAUAUUAAUGACGAAUCUACAGAUGGAGAUAAAGAAGUUGAUAUCGCCCCCAGCUCCUUGAAAAGAAAAAGUAUUCCAGCACCAAUUCCGAGUGAUGCUAAACGAAAGAGCAGUGCUAUUCACAUGCCAGAGGUCACCAACGAUGAAAAGACUCUUCAUUGUAGGCGACCAGGAUGUAAAAGUUUAAGAGCACGAGUUUUCUGCACAGAAUGCAAGCUUCAUUUGUGCCUCAUGAAGGGUAGCAAUUGUUUUCGAGAUUUUCACACGAACUGA